CCAAUCCGUUCAAAGAGGAUUCAAGUAUCCGAAGAAGCAUAAUGUCAUUUGCGAUGCUUAGGGCUCGAGCAUCGGCCGGAGUGGCCCUCCGCUGCUGCGAAGCUGCCGCUUCAGUGGCGGCGUUGUCCUUGGUGAGGAGAGCCUUUGCUUCGCUCGCUAAUGGCACCGAUAUCGUCUCCGCUGCUCCGGGCGCAUCCCUCCAGAAGGCCCGCAGCUGGGACGAAGGCGUUUCCUCCAACUUCUCCACCACUCCCCUCAAGGAAAUCUUCGAAGGAAGGAAGGUGGUCGUUUUUGGAUUACCUGGAGCUUAUACUGGUGUCUGCUCUCAACAACAUGUUCCUAGCUACAAGAAUAACAUCGAAAAUUUUAAAGCUAAAGGAAUUGAUUCUGUUAUUUGUGUUGCUGUUAAUGAUCCAUAUGCUUUGAAUGGGUGGGCAGAAAAACUUCAGGCCAAGGAAGCGAUUGACUUUUAUGGUGACUUCGAUGGAAACUUUCAUAAGAGCUUGGAAUUGGAUGUGGAUCUAUCUGGUGCUUUGUUGGGGCGCCGUUCUCAUAGGUGGUCUGCAUAUAUAGUAAACGGCAAAGUUCAGGCUCUCAAUGUUGAGAAAAAGCCUUCAGAUUUUGAAGUGUCUGCUGCAGAGGUGAUUUUGGGACAGAUCUAAUUUGAUCAUGCACCUGCAGAACAUGGGCAUUUCCCUGGUCAUGUUUUUAUUACACAAUGCUAAAUUUUCUUAAAAAUAAAUACAUCAUCUUCAUGCA